GUAGAAGGCAAAACCAAAGACCUCAGUUUAGCACCCUCCUUAACUCAUUAAAUUUCUCCCAGUGAACAGCCUGGUGGCUUUGGACGGAACCAGCUCUAAGACGUUCCAACAGCGAAGAUGCUGGGCUUGCUCCUCGGCCCUCUACUUUUCCUCUUGGCACACGGGCUCCCCUCGCCACAAGGCUCCUUUCGGUUGCGCCUAGCCGACAACGGGCAACGGGAAAAUGAAGGCCGCCUCGAGGUGUUCUACAACAACGCCUGGGGUACCGUUUGCGAUGAUGACGUGGACCUUGCCUUGACUAAUGUUGUCUGUAGAGAUCUGGGCUUCGAAAGAGGCCUUACCUGGGCACACAGCGCCAGGUUUGGGGAAGGCCAAGGAGUGAUCUGGCUGGACAACGUGCGCUGCGUGGGCACAGAGAGGUCUUUGGCAGAGUGCCAGUCCAACGACUGGGGCAGCAAUGACUGCACGCACGCAGAAGACCUGGGCGUGGUCUGCAGCAAAGAGAGACGGGCCGGCUACCGCCAGCCGAUGACGCCAGCCGUCCCUCCAUACGAGCGGGCCACCCCGCAGAGGCGCGGUCACGAGAUCGCCCUGAACCGGAACCCAAACUCCCAUCCGCUUCUCAUUCCAGUGAAUAAUUGGGCAUCUCACUUCGACCUGCAGGCUCUCAGUAAGCUGAGGAUCGAGGAGGUCCGGCUGAGACCCAUCAUAGCAGGCACCAGGAACCAGGCCCUGAUCUCAGAAGGAGUGAUUGAAGUGAAGCAUGCAGGGAGGUGGAGGCAUGUGUGUGACCAGGGCUGGAGCCUGACCAGUAGCCGCGUGGCUUGUGGCAUGCUGGGAUUCUCUGCCGCGGAGCAGUAUGACGUAGCCAUGUACAGGAAAAUGUGGAAUACAAAGAUGGCAGAUCCAUCAACCAGACUCAGCACCAUGGCCAGUAAGAAGGGCUACUGGGUGGAGAAGGUGCAGUGCGUGGGCAUGGAGCUCAGCCUGUCCGACUGCCCCGGCCAGCUCUCCAUCGCUCGCAACGACAGGCCCUGCAUCGGUGGCAUGCACGCUGUGGCCCGCUGUGUCCCUGGCCAGCAGUUCUCCAAACUGUCCCCCGGGAGACCUCAGGCACCCUACGUUGUGCAGCCAGUGGUGCGGCUGAAGUCAGGUCCCCGCCUGGGUGAGGGGCGGGUGGAGGUGUUGCGGGAGGGGAAAUGGGGUACGAUAUGUGACCACCUCUGGGACAUAAAUGCUGCCACCGUGGUGUGCCGGGAGCUUGGAUUUGGAAGUGCCAAGGAGGCCCUGACCCGCGCUUACAUGGGACAAGGGACGGGUCCCAUCCACAUGAACUCGGUGCGGUGUACAGGGAGGGAGCGCUCCAUCAUGCAGUGCCAGUACCAGGAGGUUCCCCUCAGGACCUGUAAACACAGCCAGGAUGCGUCUGUCCGCUGCAACGUACCCCAAACAGGCCUGGAGAACACGGUGCGGCUGGCCGGGGGGAGGGCACCAAGCGAAGGGCGUGUGGAGGUGCUGAUGGACGUGGGUGGGCACAGGCGAUGGGGCGCAGUCUGCAGUGAGAACUGGGGCAUCAACGAGGCCAUGGUGGUGUGUCGCCAACUGGGCUUAGGCUUUGCUUCCGAAGCACAUCAGGAAACGUGGUACUGGUCAGGAGACCCCAGCGCCAGUGAGGUGGUUCUGAGUGGGACCCACUGCAUAGGGAAAGAGCUCUCCAUUCAGAAGUGCCGCAGGAAUGACCAUGUGUACUGCCCCCGCGGGGGUGGCUCCAAGGCAGCAGGAGUUAGCUGUGUGGAAACGGCCCCCGACCUAGUAGUAGACGCUCAGUUGGUCCAGGAGACGGCCUACCUGGAGGACCGGCCGCUGCACCUGCUGACCUGCGCCCACGAGGAGAACUGCCUGUCUUCCUCCGCCGCUCGCAUGAACUGGCCCUACGGAUACCGCCGGCUGCUCCGGUUCUCCUCGCGAAUCCACAACGUGGGCAGGGCCGACUUCCGCCCCCGCGCCACCCGCGAGUCCUGGGUCUGGCACCAGUGUCACAGACACUACCACAGCAUUGAGGUGUUCACAAACUAUGACCUUCUGACACUGAAUGGCACCAAGGUCGCAGAGGGACACAAAGCCAGCUUCUGUUUGGAGGACACUACCUGCCCUGACGGACUGCAGAAACGCUUUGCCUGUUAUAACAUGGGGGACCAGGGCAUCUCAGUGGGCUGCUGGGAUACCUAUCGGCACGAUAUCGACUGCCAGUGGAUCGAUAUCACCGACAUCAGGCCAGGGGAUUACCUCUUCCAGGUGCAGGUGAACCCGUCACUGGACAUGGCCGAGUCAGAUUUCAUGAAUAAUGUGGUGCGCUGUCGCUGCAAGUACGAUGGGAACAGAGUCUUCCUCUAUGGCUGUCACACAGGAGAUGCCUACAGUCCAGAGGUGGAGGACCUAUUUGAUCACCAACAGCAGAUCUCCAACAACUUCAUCUAACACCAGCUCUGACCCGGGGUGCUAGUCCGGAACGUUCCACGACCGGGGCGUGAUGGGAUGGGGUCAGGAUGGGGUCACGGAGGCAAGCGCCUCGGCGCACACGUCACAUCACAGGGGGUCACGGACGGCACCUGUCCAUUUAUGGAGCAUUGCACAUGACAUUGGAUGCCCAAUCACGGAGAGGAAGGAGGUAGGGAGAGAGACAGAGAGAGGUGGGGAGAGAAAGAGAGAAAGAGAGAGAGGGAGUGACAGCUCUGUGGUGAGUCUCACCAUUGCCACAGAAGACCAGGGCACGUCUAUCACAUCAGUUCAUCCCCCUCUUCCUUAACUCAACUUACCGUUUCAUCGAUUACAUGCGAGAGACUAUCUUGGUUCCCCUGAAACUCUUGACUUGCCUGCACCCAAGAACUUGGCAGGUGGAAGGAGGGAUCUUCAUAGCAAUGACAGGGGACAGGUGUUGCCGUGGCAAAAGGCAGAAUUUACUUCAGAACCGCUUCUCCAUCAAAUCUCAAACAGACAUUGAUUCCUCCAUUAAUGUUCUUUCAUUUUUUUCUUUAACUUUAUCAAAGGUAUGUUUUAACACCUACCAAAGCUUGAAUUUACACACAGAUUAUUAUAUAUCAUUUAAAAAAAAGACAUAAAAACAGAAAAAAACUCAUAAGUAUGUUUUUAGAUGGCAUUUCUGUCUUCAAUGAGUUCUGAUAUAAUGGCAUUAUUGAACAUUAUAAGCAAAAGCAGCCCUCUGUCACAAAUAUCUUACACUCGUUUGGGAAUGAAUACGACAGAGAACAACCAAAUAAAUCAUAUUAUUUUAUGUUGGAUCCGAUAGCAUGUCCAGCUGUACAUCUGGAGGGAAAAUAUCUUUCUUACAAAAGAAGCUGCUUUGAAAAUGCAGGUCUACCUGGAUUUUUCCCCCAGACAUAUAAUAUCGAUCUGGAUAUUGGUGCUUUAAUUUUUUCUAUCAUGGUGCUAUUUCAUCUAUUUAUGACACAGUAUUACCUUCAAAGACCAUGUGUGUUAUUGUGUAUAAAUAGGAAUAUUUUUGUUGUUAGAUUUUAGAAUUUUAAAAUAAGUGUCGUAAGGUAAUGCACAUGUAUUGUCAUGCACAAUUUUAAGCGUUGACAAAGCAAAAACAAAUAAAAAUCUGACUAAGCUGUAGUUUGCUAUAUUUCAGAUUAAAAUGUUUUCGUCUUUUACUGUUUUUGGAAAUACUGUCAUAGCAGGUUAAGUAUUUUAAUGAAAGGAUGCACUUUAUCUGUUUAUCGUCAGUAUUCAAGCAGUUUGUUGGAAUUGUGCCCAAUAAAGAUAGCCAAAAUUGAAAAAAUAAACAGUGUAAUUCUCCAAAAUGGUCAUCAGACCUUUUUUCUGAAUGACCCUACAGCUUUCAUGUUUAGCAUUAUUGCAUUAACUAUUACAGUUAUUAAUAGUGAUGAAACAAAUAAAGCGUAUUAUUUGGCUUAAACAUUUACAAAUACAGUAGAUGUAACUUAUAUACCGUAUGUCAUAACUUUAACAUAGUUUAUGCUAUUGUAAUAGAGUAGUUUGUAGACUUUCUGCUUCAUCUGCUACAGUUGUCCGAUGAUGGCAAUGUGAAAUUGUGUCAGUACUGUUGUGUUCCCAGAACAAGUCUUCUCAGCAAAUGUCAGCUGGUCAACUGGUUAUUAAUGGGCGACAAACUCUUCAGUGAACAUGGAUUCUCAAAAAGAAGAAACGCCAUUUUAAUCUGGUUACCGCGGAAAGUGCAUUAGGAUCCUCUCGCCUUUCUCUGCUAAAGGAUGGAAAACUCAGGAUUUAGAAAAAAAAAACAAAAAAAACAUAGACAUGAAAACAGCCCCCAAAUCACCCGCCCCCAAAUUCCCUCACCCCAACACCCCUCACCACAAAACCAUGUUUAUAGCCAUCCCAAAUCGUACUGUUGGCUGCAAGGAUUCCAGAGGAUGGAAACUUUUUUUUUAUUUAUUUUUUUUAGCUGAAAAGGUAACAGAUCUUUAUAUGUUCUCCUAGAGAUGCUGUGGAAUUCUUUUUCUUUGUUUUAUUUGGCUUACCACGUUUAUGUACGUUAAUAUUCAUUAAUCUUUUUAAAAUACAUGUUUUUUUUUAAAUACUGAUCUCUAAUCUCCUCACAGUAAGAUAUGUUGUGCAUUCCUGCUUUCAGAAUUAUUUUGGUUAUAUAUGUGUAUAUUUGUGAGUGCAUAAAAUGUAUCUCUCUUUAAGUCCUCAGAUAAAUUCAAUCCUAUAUCUGUACCAGUGGUGCCUCCACCGAACAUGCUAUAUAAAGGUGCAAAGCACAGAAAAGUGUCUUAAAGAAAUAGUCCAGCCAUAAAACAAAGUUUGAAAUUAGCUACAUUUAUAACACUAAGUCUAACAUGUCUUAAGUGUUUUAGACUUAAAAUCGUAUUUCCUUCUCUGAAGUAGAAAAUAUUAGCUAGUUUUAAGUUACUUAUCUCACAACAUUGGCAAUAUUUUUGUCUUUAGCUAAAAAGUGAUAGAAAUCCAGAGAUCUUAAGUCAAAAUAUAAGACUUAAAUACUUGCUGAGAUUGACUUCUUGGGUUUUUGCAGUUCCUUUGGUCUAUUUUGAUGUUUUUAACCACAGAAUCUCUUCUCUGAAUUAACACCUCAUUACUGUACCUCGUGCUACCUGUCAGAGAAAUAUGUUUAAAAAUUGUUUGCCCGGAAAAAGAGACGGCAGUUUCUAAAGUCAGUGGAUGACAGAAUUUCUAUGUGCUCAAGGACUGCUUUGCUCAUUGCUUUGCCAUUGUCCUUGUGAAUCUGUGGUCAGCUCAGGAACCAAUGCAUCCUUAACCUUCAUAAACAGUACUACACAUAAACAGGGAAUUCUGAGUAAAUCAUCUCAAUGGAGAAAGCAGUCAAUGCAAACUAAAGGCUUUUGGUGUUUGACUAUUAAAUACUCGGCCCCUCCACUACAGCUGUCUUCUGUGAACCAAUAAAGCCUCCAGAUGCAAACUGAA